AUGACAGAGGACGUUUUCAAGACCCAUUCGCAGACCUCCGUGCCCGUGGACUCAUUUUUCUCUCUGCUGACCAGCAGACAAGUGGCCAAGCAGUUCCCAGUGAUGACUGAAGCCAUAUCCCAGAUUCGGGCAAAAGGCCUUCAGACGGCAGUCUUGAGCAAUAAUUUCUAUCUUCCCGAUGGGAAAAGCUUCUUACCCCUGGACCGGAAACAGUUUGAUGUGGUUGUGGAAUCCUGCCUGGAGGGGGUCUGUAAGCCUGACCCCAGGAUCUACAAGCUGUGCUUGGAGCGGCUUGGCGUGCAGCCCUCUGAGUCCAUCUUCCUUGAUGAUCUUGGACCAAAUCUAAAAGCGGCAGCCAGCCUCGGUAUCCGCACCCUGAAGGUUAAUGACCCAGAAACAGCAGUCAAGGAAUUAGAAACACUUUUGGGUUUUACACUGAGAAUGGUUGUUCCAAACACUUGCCCUGUGAGAAAGACAAUGGGAAUUCCGGAAGAGUCCUUGAAGAAGUACCUCAGAGGCUUACUGGGUACCCACACCACAGGUCCGCUGGAACUUCUCCAGUUCGGUCAUGGGCAGUCAAACCCAACUUACUACAUCAGGCUGGCCGACCAACGGCUGGUUCUGAGGAAGAAGCCCCCGGGGAAGCUUCUGCCACUGGCCCACGCUGUAGAGAGGGAGUUUAGGAUCAUGAAAGCCCUUUCCGGUGCUGGAGUGCCUGUCCCCAAAGUUCUUGACCUCUGUGAAGAUUCCAGUGUCAUCGGCACCCCCUUCUAUUUGAUGGAGUACUGCCCGGGUCUCAUCUACAAAGACCCCUCUCUGCCAGGCUUGGAGCCCAGCCAGAGGCGGGCUGUCUACACUGCCAUGAACAGAGUCUUGUGCCAGAUUCACAGUGUGGACCUCACAGCUGCGGGCCUGGGGGACUAUGGGAAAAAAGUCUGCUCUCGCCAGCCUGCCUCGUCACAUGCCACCAACAUCGAGUCUUCCAUCAGAGAGGAGACCGGCUGCCACGUCAUAAACGGUCACAAGUGGUGGAUCUCAGGCAUCCUGGAUCCUCGCUGCCAACUCUGCGUGUUUCUGGGGAAAACAGACCCGCAGGGCCUGUGCCACUGGCAGCAGUCGGUGCCCCUGGUCUCCAUGGAGACCCUGGGGACCAAAGUCAUCCAGCCCCUGACGUACAGACUGGAGGAUGCACCAGGGACGUGUCUGGGUCUUGGCCAUGGUAACGUUCUGUUUGAGGAUGUGCACAUGCCCAAGGAGAACAUGGUUCGGCCCGGCCGUGGCUUUGAGGUCACCCAGAGCAGACUGGGGCCCGGCAGGAUCCACCACUGCAUGCGGCUGAUUGGGUCCCCAGAGAGGGCCCUGGCGCUCAUGGAGGCCUGCGGGAGUUAUGUGGCCUUUGGGAAACCCCUGGUGGAGCAGGGCACGCUCCUGGCUGACAUCGCCCAGUCGCGAGUGGAGAUGGAGCUGGCCCGACUGCUGGUGCUCAAAGCUGCCCACUUCAUGGAUGUGACCGGAAAUAAAGCUUCAGCCUUGGACAUUGCCAUGAUUAAAAUGGUAGCUCCAUCCACGGCCUGGUGAGUAAUGGAUCGAGCGACUCAGGUGAACAUGGCCACAGGUGUGGCCGGGCUGAGCAGCGACUACCCUUUGGCUCAGUUCUUCGCCUGGGCUCGAGCACUGCACUUUGCUGACGGGCCCUAUGAAGUACAACAGGUGGCAGUGGCCAAAAUGGAAGUGAAGACUCACGCUUAG